AUGGCUGAACUACGCAAGCUAUCGAAGCACUGCGAUUUCGGAGACUACCUGGAUACAGCGUUUAGGGAUCAGCUGGUGUGUAGAUUAUAUCACGACGCUGUGCAGAGAAAGAUCCUUGCCGAAUCAGAGCUGAACUUGACGAAGGCAGUCCACAUUGCGCAAGCCGCGGAAACUGCAAGAGACGAAAUGCAUGCUUUACGUGGGAAUAUCACAAGACAACCAUCUGCAAAGCAAGUCGAGAUGGCGUUUAGCGUACAACGUGACACAGCAGAUGUGGUAAGCGUGGACAUCACCCCUUGCAAAUUCAACUCUCAGAAGUGUCACUUCUGCAAGAGACAAAGGCAUAUCAGUAGAGUAUGCCGCAAACGAUCUCAACAAGAUGAGUUCAAGAAGGGCACCGCAGCCGUACGUACCACAGCAAAAGGCAAGCCACAACCCACUCAUCAAAUUGAUGAGGAUACUGUCAGCGUAGUGUUUGCUCAAUCUGGAAAGGGUGGAUUCAAGAUCACACUGGAAGUAGCUGGCAGCCAGAUACCAAUGGAUGUGGACACAGCAGCCACGGUGACGGUAAUACCCAUCAGUGUAUAUGAGCAGUAUCUGUUCCAUGUCCAGCUACAUGCAAGUGCGGUGUCAUUGAAGACGUACAGCAGUGGAAGCCUCAAGGUGAAAAGAGAGGCAACAGUACCAGUGAGAUACAGUGAGCAGCAUGCUACUUCUAAAAUUAUAGUAGUAGAUGUACGGGGUAAAGCAUUCAUUCUGGGGAGAAAACUGGUUAAGCAAGAUCCGGCUCGACUGGGGAUCUCUGUUUAG